AUGGCGGACCAAAAUAUUUCGCAGUACAAGUACUCGGCGAUGUCCAACCUGGUUCUCCAGGCGGAUCGUCGUUUUAUCAGUCGCACCCAUGACGAACCUACUGGAGACCCGGAGUCUCUCGCGGGUCGCAUUGGGAUCCGGGAGAUGGGUGGACGAGUCGCGCGUGACGACGCGCCCAAAUCUAAGAAGGCAGCUCCUACAGGUCUCGAGCGGGGCGCAAUCGGCGAGGGCGAAGAUGUGCUUUUACGCGAACAGAAAAAGCGCCACCGCGGUCAACCAGCACAACUACGGGGCCAGGGCAUCCUUUCAGCAGCCGAUGCCUUCGUCGAAGGCUUGAAAUAUCGUCCUCGCACACCCGCCACACGAGCCACAUAUGACCUUAUCCUCACAAUCACCGGAAGCCAGCUGGGCGAUGUCCCCCACGAAGUCGUUCGAAGUGCCGCCGAUGCUGUUUUGGAACUACUAAAGGACGAAGAUAUGAAGGAUUUCGAUAAAAAGAAGGAGAUUGAUGAUCUUCUGGGAACUACAAUGAACCCCAAGGAGUUCAACGAGCUCGUGAACCUGGGUAAAAAGAUCACAGACUACGAUGCUCAGGACGAAGAGGAAGAGAUGGAAGGCGGCCUCGAUGAAGAAGGUGGUGAACUCGACGAACGCCAAGGUGUUGCUGUCGUCUUCGACGAAGAAGAUGAAGAUGAGCGCAUGGGAACUGUGGACGAAGUUCGAGACGAGGACGACCUCAGCGACGAAGAAGAAGAGGACGAACAAGAAAAACUCGCACUCGACGAUGUUGCAGCAGCCCAAGACGAAGAUGGAGAUGAAAUGGUCAUCGAUGGAGGUCUUGGCCGAAGUGAUAAAGCCGCAGAAAAGACCGGAUUGAAGGUAUCCGCUCGCGAAAUCGAUGCUUACUGGCUGCAGCGUCAAAUCGGUGCCAUAUACACAGAUGCUCAUACCCAGCAUGAGAAAACAGAUGAGGCACUUGAAAUCCUCGGUGGAAAGGACGAGGACGGAUCAUUAAAACCCCUGCGCGAUGUUGAAAAUGACCUUAUGGAGCUAUUCGACUAUGACCAUCCCGAUCUUGUUGCUAAACUAGUCACCAACCGCGACAAGGCCGUCUGGGUUACCCGCUGGAGAAGAGUCGCAGAGGAUCCCGAUGCGCGCAAUCUCGUGGAAAUUGAGAUGGUCGAAGCUGGCCAACGUGCCAUCCUCGAUGAAAUCCGUGGCAAAGAAGCCGGCGACGAACUCGGUGCACCACCCGAUAAGAAGAUGAAGUUCGACUUGAUGGAUGUCGAUGUUCCUUCAGGCCCAACCACCGACCAAAAACCCGCCGAAGGUGUCGAGGGUGGCAUUCUUCAGCCCAAGAGAACGAUCAAUUUGGAAAAUUUGGUCUUCCAUCAAGGCAACCAUCUUAUGACCAAUCCCAAUGUCAAGCUUCCCCAGGGCUCGACUAAGCGAGCAUUCAAGGGAUACGAAGAGAUUCACGUGCCACCACCCAAGGCCAAGAAGGAGGCUGGAGAGAAGAAUAUCCCGACCACCGAGCUGCCGGAAUGGGCCCGUGUUGGAUUUGGAACCUCCAAGGAGCUCAACCGUGUGCAGACAAAGUGCUAUCCUUCAGCGUUCCAUGACGAUGGAAACAUGCUUGUCUGUGCUCCCACGGGUUCCGGAAAGACCAACGUUGCUAUGCUCACGAUUCUUCGAGAAAUCGGGAAGAAUCGCAACCCUGAAACGGGAGAGAUUAUGCUGGAUGACUUCAAAAUCAUAUACAUCUCUCCCUUGAAGGCUUUGGUUCAAGAACAAGUCGGCAACCUUGGCAAGCGCUUGGAGCCUUAUGGCAUCCGAGUGUCCGAGCUUACAGGUGAUCGUCAGCUCACCAAGCAGCAAAUUGCCGAUACCCAGAUCAUCGUCACCACGCCUGAGAAGUAUGACGUUAUCACCAGAAAGGCAACCGAGACUAGCUACACCAACCUUGUUCGCCUUGUUGUCAUCGACGAGAUUCACCUUCUCCACGAUGAACGUGGUCCCGUCCUUGAGAGCAUCGUCAGCCGAACGAUUCGCAAGACCGAGCAGACUGGCGAGCCCGUGCGAAUUGUGGGUCUCAGUGCUACCCUUCCUAACUACCGUGAUGUGGGAAGCUUCCUGCGUGCAGACCCUGUCAAGGGCAUGUUCCAUUUCGAUGGCAGCUAUCGUCCUUGCCCUCUCAAGCAGGAAUUCAUCGGUGUCACCGAGAAGAAGGCCAUCAAGCAAUUAAAGACGAUGAACGACAUUUGUUACACCAAGGUCAUGGAGCAGGUCGGGCAAAACCGAAACCAAAUGCUUAUCUUCGUCCACUCUCGCAAGGAGACCGCCAAGACCGCCAAGUACAUCAGAGACAAGGCUCUUGAGAAUGAAACCAUUGGUCAGAUUCUGCGCAGUGAUGCUGCUAGUCGUGCAAUUCUCUCCGAAGAAGCAGACUCUGUGGACGAUGCUAACCUGAAGGAUCUCAUGCCGUACGGUCUCGGUAUUCACCAUGCUGGUCUGAGUCUUGCCGAUCGUGAUUCAGUUCAAGCACUUUUCGCCGAUGGAAGCAUCCAGGUCCUAGUUUGUACAGCGACAUUGGCCUGGGGUGUCAACCUUCCCGCCCACACCGUUAUCAUCAAGGGAACCCAGGUCUACUCUCCCGAGAAGGGUGCCUGGGUCGAAUUGAGCCCGCAAGACGUUCUGCAAAUGUUGGGACGAGCUGGUCGACCCCAAUAUGAUACCUUCGGUGAAGGUAUCAUUAUCACAUCGCAAGCUGAGAUUCAAUACUAUCUCUCGCUCUUGAAUCAACAGCUUCCCAUUGAGUCGCAGCUGAUGAGCAAAUUGGCGGACAAUCUGAAUGCUGAGAUUGUACUCGGCAAUGUUCGUACCCGCGACGAAGGUGUGGAUUGGCUAGGCUACACUUACCUUUACGUUCGGAUGCUCCGAUCACCUGGCUUGUACAGUGUUGGCGCAGAUUAUCAGAACGAUGAUGCCCUGGAGCAAAAGCGAGUGGAUCUUAUUCACUCUGCUGCUGCUGUCCUUGAGAAGGCCGGUCUCGUCAAGUAUGAAAAGAAGACUGGACGUCUGCAAUCAACUGAGCUUGGACGUAUCUCUUCGCACUACUACAUUGGUCACAACUCAAUGCUUACCUACUCUCAACACCUCCAACCCUCCAUUACGACCAUUGAAUUGUUCCGAAUCUUUGCCCUUAGUGACGAGUUCAAGUACAUCCCAGUUCGCCAGGACGAAAAGCUUGAGCUUGGAAAACUGCUAGGCCGGGUGCCUGUCCCUGUUAAGGAAACUAUUGAUGAGCCCCAUGCCAAGAUCAAUGUUCUUUUGCAGGCUUACAUCUCUAGACUCAAGCUUGAGGGACUUGCGCUGAUGGCAGACAUGGUCUAUGUCACGCAAUCUGCUGGACGUAUCAUCCGCGCGAUUUUCGAGAUUUGCCUGAAGAAGGGAUGGGCCUCAGUGGCCAAGACUGCCCUCGAUCUCUGCAAAAUGGCCGAGAAGCGCAUGUGGCCAACAAUGUCCCCCCUUCGUCAAUUCCCCCACUGCCCAAGAGAUGUUUUGCAGAAGGCGGAACGCAUUGACGUGCCCUGGGCCAGCUAUUUCGAUUUGGAUCCCCCCCGCAUGGGUGAGCUUCUGAGCAUGCCCAAGGCUGGACGUGUUGUGUGUGACUUGGUGUCCAAGUUCCCUCGACUCGAUGUUCAAGCUCAAGUGCAGCCCAUCACGCGAUCCAUGCUGCGUGUAGAGUUGACUAUUUCUCCCAACUUUGUCUGGGAUGACGAAAUCCACGGUAACGCGCAAGAUUUCUGGAUUUUGGUUGAGGAUUGUGAUGGAGAGGAGAUCUUGUUCCACGAUCGAUUCUUGCUUCGUGCUGAAUUUGCCAAGUCCGAGAUGAAUGAGCAUCUUGUCGAAUUCACUGUUCCUGUCACCGAACCGAUGCCUCCCAACUACUUCAUCUCGCUUGUGUCUGACCGAUGGAUGCAUUCUGAGACAAAGAUCGCCGUGUCAUUCCAGAAGCUGGUUCUCCCUGAGCGCUUCCCUCCUCACACACCUCUGCUCGACAUGCAGCGCGCACCCGUAAAGGCACUGAAGCGCGAGGACUAUCAAGCGUUGUAUCCCAACUGGCAACACUUCAACAAGAUCCAGUCUCAGGUCUUCAAGUCAGUAUUCGACACUGAUGACAACAUCUUCAUCGGUGCUCCCACAGGAAGUGGAAAGACUGUUUGCGCUGAAUUGGCCUUGCUUCGUCACUGGUCAAAACAGGAUAGCGGCCGUGCAGUCUAUAUUGCGCCCUUCCAGGAGCUUGUCGACCACCGACUAGCUGACUGGCAGAAGCGCCUCGGUGGACUGGAUGGAGGCAAAACCAUUGUCAAGCUUACGGGCGAAACCACAGCCGAUUUGAAGCUUCUCGAACAGGCUGAUCUCGUGCUUGCCACUCCUACUCAGUGGGAUGUGCUGUCUCGCCAGUGGCAGCGACGCAAGAACGUCCAGACAGUGCAAUUGUUCAUCCCCGACGAGCUUCACUUGCUCGGCGGCUACGCUGGAUACGUGUACGAAGUGAUUGUGUCUCGCAUGCACUACAUUGCUCUCCAGACUGAAAACGAAAUGCGUAUCGUUGGUCUGAGUGUGCCUCUUUCCAAUGCUCGGGACAUCGGAGAGUGGAUCGGUGCCAACAAGCACACAAUCUACAACUUCAGUCCCCAUGCCCGUCCUGUGCCUCUGGAGCUUCACCUUCAGUCUUUCACCAUUCCCCACUUCCCCUCUGCCAUGCUCGCAAUGGCUCGCCCGGCCUACCAGUCCAUUUUGCAGCUUUCCCCCGAUAAGCCUGCUCUGGUCUUCGUUCCAAGCCGCAAGCAAGUCCGUGCGACUGCUGCGGAUCUCCUCUCAGCGUGUGCCAUCGAUAACGAUGAAGAUCGUUUCCUAAACGCCGACGUCAGUGAGCUCGCCCCCUUACUCGAGCGUGUCCACGAGCAGACUCUUGCCACAUCGCUUUCUCACGGCAUUGGCUACUACCACGAGGCUCUGAAUGCCACUGACAAGCGCAUCGUCUUGCACCUGUUCAGCAUUGGUGCGAUUCAGGUGCUGUUGGCUUCGAGAGAUGUGUGCUGGGAGCUGGAUAUCACUGCUCACUUGGUCAUCGUUAUGAACACUCAAUUCUUCGAUGGCCGUGAGCAUCGCUACAUCGACUACCCCAUCAGUGAUAUCUUGCAGAUGUUCGGCAAAGCCUCCCGUCCCGGUCAGGACAAGCUUGGCCGUGGUGUUCUUAUGGUGCCAGCAGUGAAGCGUGACUACUACAAGAAGUUCUUGAACGAGGCCUUGCCUGUCGAGAGUCACCUGCAGGUCUACCUCCACGAUGCCUUUGUGACUGAAGCCAGUACAAGGACCAUCUCCUCCACCCAGGAUGCGGUUGAUUGGAUGACAUAUACCUAUUUCUAUCGCCGUCUCCUUGCAAAUCCCAGUUUCUACGGCCUUAGCGACGUGAGCCACGAGGGACUCAGCACAUUCCUGUCAGAGUUGGUGGAGAACACAUUGAAGGAGCUGUCAGAGGCAAAGAUCAUUGACGUCGAUGAAGAAGAUGACAGUGUUUCACCUUUGAACGCUGCCAUGAUUGGUGCUUACUACAACAUCUCGUUCAUCACAAUGCAAACUUUCUUGUUGUCUCUUUCGUCCCGGACGAAGCUCAAGGGCAUCCUGGAGAUUGUCACCUCGGCAACUGAGUUCGAGUCUAUUCAGAUGCGUCGCCAUGAGAAUCACAUUCUGCGCCGCGUGUAUGAUCGUGUACCAGUCAAGAUGUCAGAGGUUUCUUUCGACUCUCCUCAUUUCAAGGCCUUCGUCCUUCUCCAGGCCCACUUCUCCCGCAUGCAGCUCCCUCUUGAUCUUGCCAAGGAUCAGGAAGACAUCGUUCGCAAGGUCCUCAACCUUCUCAGCGCUUGUGUGGAUGUCCUCUCAUCCGAGGGUCAUCUCAACGCGAUGAACGCAAUGGAAUUGUCCCAGAUGGUGGUUCAGGCCAUGUGGGAUCGUGACAGCCCUCUGAAGCAGAUUCCUCACUUCUCUCCUGAUGUGAUCAAGGUAGCCAAUGAAUACAAGAUCAAUGAUAUCUUCGAAUUCAUGGAGGCUAUGGACCCAUCGGAGAACAAGGACUACGCUACUUUGGUCAAGCGUCUUGGCCUUGAUAACAAGCAAUUGGCGCAAGCUGCGGCUUUCACCAACGAGAAAUAUCCCAAUAUCGAGCUUGACUUCGAAGUUGAGGAUGCGGAGGGCAUCACUUCGGGCGAACCCGCAUACCUUAAGGUCAAGAUCGAGCGGGACAUCGAAGAAGACGAGGAGCCCGAUGCUACCGUCCACGCACCAUUCUACCCCAGUCAGAAGAUGGAGAACUGGUGGUUGGUUGUUGGUGACGAGAAGACCAAGAGCCUGCUGGCUAUCAAACGUGUCACCAUCGGUCGCAAGCUCGAGCUGCGCCUAGAAUAUGUGGUGCCUACUCCCGGAGACCAUGAGUUGACGCUUUACCUCAUGAGCGACAGCUAUGUUGGCGUGGAUCAGGCUCCCACGUUCAGCGUCAAUGCCGCAGAGGGAAUGGACGAGGAUGAGAGCGAGGAAGAGGACGAAGACUCAAUCCGUGGAAGCUCCCCCGAGCUUCCUAUCUUGUCUCCCAUACGAUCUGAUAUGGCCAUUCGGAACAUGAAGUUCACUCCCGAGGUCCUCCUCGGAGCCCCCAGGCGGUCCUCAGCCGUCCCCAAUGCGGCUGGCACCUUAGCGGUCUACACGCAGACAUCCUACUCCUUCGAGUCGCAUUCCAAGACCAAUGAAAUUCGCGUUAUCGAUAUCAGCUCCGGCCGCUCUGCCCUUAUUACCAACGACCCUGGCGCUAGUAACCCACAGUGGGUGGACGACAGCGACAAACUUGUCUGGCUAAAGAACAAGGGCAACGGUAAUACAAGCUUCGUUAUCGGCGAUGCCCGUCAGGCCGAUGAAACAUACACCGCAGGCACGGUCCCAGGCCCCGUAUCGGACCUAAAGGUGGUUCUUCUGGAACCAGGAAAGGUUGGCUUCGCCGUCACGGGCAAAGCCAAUACGGACGGAUCGCUGUACAACCCCCACGAUGCGAAGAAGCCCCAUACAACUGGUAAACUGUACACAUCUCUCUUUGUUAGGCACUGGGACUCGUAUGUUGAACCCCAGAAGAAUGCGAUCUUCUAUGGUUUGCUAGAACAGGCUCCUCUGUCACCGGCCCGUCGACGGGCUGGGAAAUACUCCAUCUCGGGCCUCACCAACUUGAUCGCAGUCUCGGGACUGGCGGGCGUUGAGUCGCCGAUUCCGCCUUUUGGUGGAACUGGGGACUUUGAUAUUAGUCCGUCGGCUAUUGUCUUUAUUGCCAAAGAUCCUAACCUAAAUCCCGCGACUCAUACAUCUUGCUCGUGCUACUAUUCUCCUAUGUUCUCAUGGACUAGCAUGAGCGUGAGUGAGCCUGAACCGAAAAUCUGCAAGGUUGCCGGUCUCCAGGGCGCGAUGUCGUCUCCUGUGCUUAGCUCGGACGGUAGCUCUAUUGCCGUUCUGGCGAUGCGCGAGGAUGGCUAUGAAUCUGAUAAGAACCGUAUCCUCUAUGUUCCCAACCCGUGGAAUGGAGAGAUGAUCGAAAUUUUCCAGUCGGACGAUGGAGAAGGACACUGGGAUCUCAGUCCCUCGUCCGUGUCGUUUGCUCAUGAUGACAAGUCGCUGUUCCUUCAUGUCGAGGAGGCCGGCCGCGGAGUUCUGUACCAGCUGCCGUUGGAGAACGUGCAUACGAUCAAGCCCGACUCUCUCAAAAGACUGACGAGGUCAGGGUACGUGAAUGACGCCGUUCCCGCAGCUGCCAAAUCCCCCAAGCUGUUCGUGUCUAGCAGCAGCCUAGUCGACAACAGCCUGUGGACCAUCAUCGACCCAGCCCAUCCAGAUGAUGUCCAAAUGGUAUCCUCAAACGGAAGGGGCGGCAGUGCAUUUGGCUUGUCCUCGUCCCAGGUCGAUGAGAUUUGGUUCAAGGGAGCCGAAGACCACCCUGUCCACGCAUGGGUCGUGAAGCCGUCCGACUUUAAGCCUGGGAGCAAAUACCCGCUUGCGUAUUUGAUCCACGGUGGACCCCAGGGCGCGUGGAACGAUCAGUGGAGCACACGCUGGAACCCGGCUGUUUUCGCCGAACAGGGUUACGUCGUGAUCACCCCCAACCCAACAGGCAGUACUGGCUACGGCCAGCCCUUCACCGACGGAAUCCAGGGACAAUGGGGCGGUCGGCCCUACGAGGACCUGGUCAAGGGAUUCGAAUAUAUCGAGGAGCACCUAGAUUACGUCGACACCACGCGCGCGGUCGCAUUGGGCGCCUCGUAUGGCGGCUACAUGAUGAACUGGAUGCAGGGCCAUCCGCUCGGGCGCAAGUUCAAGGCGUUGGUUACCCAUGAUGGAGUGUUUAGCAUGACAUCCCAGAUGGCUAGUGAAGAGCAAUACUUCCCUCUACACGACCUGAAGGGACCGAUCUGGAAGGUGCCGGAGAACUGGGCGAAGUGGGAUCCGUCGCGGUUCACGGAACACUGGGACACGCCUCAUCUGAUUAUCCACAACGAGUUGGAUUACCGUCUGACCAUCGCUGAGGGUCUGGCUGCGUUCAAUGUACUCCAGAUGCGUGGUAUCGAUAGUGCGUUCUUGACGUUCCCUGACGAGAAUCACUGGGUUCUGAACCCUGAAAACUCGCUCAUGUGGCACCAGACUGUUUUGAACUGGAUUAACAAGUACGUGGGUCUUUCGUCUGUGUCAGAGGAACCCGAUCUGUCACGCGGGGUGGCCAGUCUGUCGCUGUGA